UUUGCUGUUCUGUCACUACUGACGUUCCAACUGAUCACUGUAAUCUCACAGGGAGGAGCGGUUAAAGAUUCAAAAUGGGAGAACAUGACUGUGGACGUCUCACUGUCAUACUGAUUUCUGUUGCCUGCUUUGUUACAUCUUUGGUUUUUAAUGCACUGGCAGUCAUUGGUGGAGAACCCUUUUCUACCACGACAGGCAAUAUCUCGGCUAUAUUUGACACUCAGAUCACGCCCUCAGGAUGGACGUUCAGCAUCUGGAGUGUGAUUUACAUCUGGAUCACGGCCAUGACGAUCUACAUUGUCACGGGUCUUUGCAGAAAAAAUGGUUAUGGAUACGUUUACUGCAGCCCUGCUGUGUUGCCUUAUGGAUUCUUUAUUUGCUGGUGCAUCAACAUGGCUUUUAACAUUGGUUGGCUGCUUGUUUGGGACAGAAGAAUGAUGAUCAUGGCUCUGGUGUUUCUUAUUUUUGUCAUUCUCACAAACUACUCCAUGAUCUGCUUCGUGUGUCAUGGGCUUCAUGUCUAUGGAGCCUGGCUAAAGAAGUACCACAACGUAGAGCUGUGGUUGAUCCGUGGGCUGGUUCAAAACGGUGUGAUGAUAUACACCACGUGGACCACCCUUGCAACUCUCAUAAACCUGACCAUUGUUUUAACUUAUGAGGUUGAGAUGUCACCGGUGGACGCUGCCACUGUCUCAUAUUCUAUUUUGUCAGCUGUCCUGCUUUUGUGGUUUCUUUUGGAAAAUCUUGUCCUCGACAAACAUGUGCGAUACAUGCUCACCACAUACCCUGUUGUUAUCUGGGCUUUAUCUGGAAAUUUGGACAAAAACUAUAAUCCUGCAUCACCUAAUAUUAAUGGCAUCUUCAUUGUUGUGUUGUUGGGCAUUGCCUCUGCGCUCUUUGUUGUGAGGAUUAUUUUGGUCAUCUGGAGACACUUCAAACAGCCACUAUAUGACGAUGUCAACCCUGAGGCCAUGGAGCCAAUGGAUAUUGCUGCAAACCAAAAGAAGAUAUUUUGCUAGUCAACAUCAUCAAGUCAUCAUUUAAUAUUUAUUUACACAUGUUUCACUUGUCAUUGUUUUUAAAUUACAAUACCAAAUGUGUAUUUUGUAAAUUUCUUAAAUAAAAAAUCUGAACUGUC